CUACAUCCUUUCCUCUUAUCCGUGCGCCAUUGGCCAUUAGCGACCGCGCCGUGCGUUCGCCGUAUCAUCGGGCCCCGGUACAGUAAAGGGACCUCUUACCGGGUCCUUCGGGCCAGUCGCGCGUUCACCGGUGCUUCGGCUUCCUCGCGUUCCAAACGAUGAUCGUCUCCGUCGCGCGGACCAUAUGAUUUUAUCGUGUACGCAUAUUUCUGCAGUGACUGUCUAUCUGUGAAUGCAUCACAUGGUGAUAAGAAAAUACAAUGCGUGGUUGAAAAACUAGUCGUUGCCGUAGCGCAAAUUGCUAUGCCUUUAAUAAUUGUUCCAAUUAAUUAAUUAUUGUUAACAGUGCACCGUUACACGAUCUCGUAAAUUAAAUUCACGCGUUUCCAUCGGAUUCCUUGUCAUGAAGUCUAUCGGACAAACGACUCGCCAAUUCAAUCGUGCGGUGAAAGAGAUGACAUUUCAGAUGCAUGUGCUACCGUGAUUUAUCGAUAGUUGGCCCAGAAAUAUGACACGAUUGUUAUAGAUUGAAUCGUGAUUUUGAAAGGAUUGACCUCUCGACCUUGAAAUAUUGGAUCGUCCAAUGAAUGAUAGUGUCCAUCGCACGUUUUUAUUUUUCAAAAAUUGUGUCGCGUGCAAUUCCGUAUAUUGAGUGAAUUUUUUAAUAUUACUCGUUUUUACAAUUGAGUUGAAAAAUGUUUGUGACAUGUGUGAUAGUGUACGAGGACAUAGCACUCAAAUAAAAUGGUAGUUUGUAGUUGCAACAGUUCUCGCGAAAAUCUGUACAUAAAAUCAAAGUAACUUUACUCAAGUAGUAUCUGAAAGCACUAUUUUAAAAUUGGUGUAUGUUAACCUUAUAUAAUUCAAGCAAAUCUUUGUAAUUUAAUGUUUAAUUAAUUCGCAUUUCGGAAAUUGAAAUAAUAUUUCAUUAUAAAGAAAGAUGUGCAUUUGACGGAAUUGUUGUUUGUACUAUGUUAUUUUUUCUAUAUCAAUAUGGUCGGACUGUAAAUGUUCACUUGCAUGCAACUGACGCAAAUCUCAAAAAUCCGUGCAGUUAUUUUUUAAAAUACGUCUACGUUUGUUAAAAUUUAUUGUGUUUGGUAUUUAACGAUAUUUUUUUUUACCAUACAAUAUAUAAGAUUAGCUUGUGUAAUAAUGAAGUAAAGUUGCAAAAAUAACGAUCUUUAUUUCCAUCUACUUUCGUUGUGGCAAUAAACAUUCUCUUAUAUAACUGCAAAGUGUAUUCUUUUAAAAAAACAUUACAUUAUAUUUUUCUCUUUAAUAUAACGCUCAAUAAAUGAGAUUACACGAGAAAUUUUUAUGCAAAUUUUAUCAUUAUUAUUAUAUCUUUUUAAUAUUUUUAGUUAUGAAAACUGCCAAGUUUUCAGUAAAAAUAUUAAGAAAUAAUUCAGUUAAAUAAUGCUGAUUUUCUUAUACUUUGCUUUUAACGCGUUGUACUUUCUUUAGUUGAGCUCCGAUUAAAAAUAAAUGAUAAAUUAAUAUUAUAUGAUUACCGUUCAUUUAAUAUAAAUCUGUUCUCCAGUGCAUAACACAGAACAAAUUUAUUUUUUCGUUUCUUCACACAUACUUGCGUUCGAAUACAAACCUGCUGACGAUACAAACCAGUUGGAAUUCCAGAUGCAAAUGUCAUCCCGACUAUCAUAUUAACAUCCAAAGGUCGACCGGUCUUUAUUUUUUCUCCAACUGACGAGAAAUGCCGUAUUUUAAUCGUAUUUGAAAAAUUUAGUUUUAGUUUAAGGCACUGAAUUUGACAAGUAUAUGGACUUAAUUUUGUAAUAAUUAAAUCAAAUUAUAAUUGAUGUACCCGUUUUAAUACGUUAAAAAUUUCUUGAUGUUAUCGACGUUCGACGAAUUCUUUUUGUCGGUGAAUUGUGAAGCUGUGCGUUUAAACUUGAAAAGGAUUAUAUUGGAAAUUUUUCCUGGAUGCAUCGUUCGUGAUUUUUUUCAAAAAGUGACGAUAGAUAUAACGUGAUAGUGAAACUUUUCGUAUCGUACGGUGUAAAAUAAAAGUGCAGUGAAAAUGCAUCACAGUGACGUGUAAAGUAAAAGAAAAAAAAAAAAAACAGAUUUCUUCGUAUAUUUCGCUUCAAGUUUUAUCCUGAAUGUAUUUAAUGUAUUCUUGAGAAAAUAUAAUCGGUGCCGAUCAGAUGGGAAGUGAUGUAUGCUUAUUAUGGCAGAAACGUUCUCGAAGAAAUUCAUCGCAGCUAAGUACAUGGGUUCAUUUCCUGUGGCGAUUCCUGACAUUGCCAGUCGCGCGGACUUUGUACGAUCCCAACUGGAGAUCCUUAGGUAUAGCGAUCGAUUCACGCCUAUUCUCCUGAUAGUCUCGCUCGCGGGGAUUAAAGUAUGCAGUCCAGAUGGAAAAUGCGUGCAAAUGGCGCACGCGUUAAGACGCAUCUCUUAUGCGACUUGUGAGCCGCAGCACGCCCAAUUCAGCUUUCUGGCACGAGAGCCCAGAGCGCACUUUAGUCUACAGUACUGCCAUUCCUUCAUCACCGAGUCUGCAGAACAGGCGGAGGAGCUGAACACCAUCGUUGGCAAUGCUUUCCGCAUGGCGUACGUGGCGCAGCUUCAGCGCCAACCGAUCCUCCAGGAUGUAAUCUCACCGCGAUCGACGCCGUCUUAUCGAGACAAACAGGAGCAUCGAACGUCGUGGAACAAAUCACUAUCCGGAGACGAUACGACCGCGGACGCUUGCAGAAGUUCGUCGUCGAACUCGUGGUUGAAAAAUCGGACAUCGCCCACCUCCAGGGCUGGAAGGGGUUCAUCUGCAACGGAUAUGAACGUGCAGCUCGGCAGCGCCGGCUCGCCCACGCUGCGACUUGCUGGCGUAAAGGCGCCGAACACGAUCCCCGGUCUGCGGCCGUCGUUCACGAACGUUCUCGGACCCAUAACAAACGAGGAUGAGCCGAAGAGCAUAUCCCAGCAGAGUACACCGAGCAGCGAUGAGAGCAACUCACCGACCGAGUUAAACUCGUACAAGAGGCUAACGGACAAGCCGCCGCUGAUAAAGCGGCUGGCGAUGGGUUUGACAGGUGGACGCGACGUUCUUGGGCUAAACGGUGAGGAUGACAGCUGCCCGCUCGUCAGCGGUAGCAGCACGCCGACCAGCCCAUCGAACAGGCCCCAUUCCGGGGGCUACAUAAACGAGGCGAUCAUCGACUCGGAAGGUACGAGACCGUCCUACAACAAGAUUCCGCCGUCCGAAAGCCUCGACAACACCAUCAACGCGUCCAUCACCGCGAAGAACUUCAACAUUGAGAACAACAGGAUAGGACACAAUUGCCUGGAUUCGGGUACGGAGGCAGAAUUUAAGUCAAAAAGAAGAUCGCAAAUUAGCACGUCGAGUAGCUCGGUACCCGCUGACGGAAGCACUCAUGGCUCCACGCCAACCCCGCCGCCUUUGCCCGAGAGGACAGACAGCCUGAAUAAUCGAAGUGAGGAGGCUGAGCUACGCAAGGCGCCCUGGUUUCAAGCUGGAAUACCCAGAGAGAUAACGCUGGAGGUAUUGAGCCAAGAGCCGGAAGGGGCAUUCAUGGUGCGAGAGAGUACCAGUAAGCCCGGAUGUUACGCCCUCUCCCUCCGUGUGCCCCGUGAAUUUCAACCGAGCGGAAUAGCCCAUUAUCUCAUAAUGCGUACAAACAAAGGAUACAAAAUCAAAGGCUUCACAAAAGAGUUUACGACGCUGACCGCGCUAAUCACUCACCAUUCGGUCAUGCCAGAAUUAUUGCCAUGCCCGUUAUCGCUAAGCCGAUAUAAUCCGAGCUUCGUCAAGACUGAUUCCAGCAAGGAUUUCGCGGAUAUCGAUUCAGACCCCGAUUACAAUACUCUGGCGGAUUUUCGCAAAAUGAUGGCCGAUCUAAAUGUCUAGAACGAAGCGUCAAAAACAACGGUUUGGAAUAUUCGUGCUCCUUUUUUUUUUACAAAAACGUUGGAUCAUCGAGUCACGUAAACGAUUGAAAGGAACGUGAGGCACUAUUUGAUACAUUUGUAUCUGGAUUAACUUUGUGCCAUUGAAUGUAAAGAGCCAAUGUCGUACUUUCGAUUGUCGCGAAAAGAUCUUGCCCGGAGUAAUCGAUAUUGGCACACGACACAAAGUACGUAUUUAGACGACGCUUAGUUAUCGAAUCUAUGUUCCGAAAAGACUCGCACAACUACCAGUGAUACAUACUCGUAAGUCAUUAAUAGGUCAUUGAUAAGAAAUACGUAGAGUAGAGAUAAUUUAAUAACUGCUAGUGUUGUGGACGCGUGCGACUGUGGAAUAGUAAUGUCAAACAAUUUUUUAUAUAUUGCAGCACGCUUAGCGUGAGAUAUUAGUUUUAAGCUUGUUAUAGCAAAUGAAACAAAACAAUUGUUGUUUGUCGAAAAAAAACUUCAAUUGGGAUAAAUUAUUUUCAUGAAACAGAGUAUCUAUCUAUUUAUAUUCAAGCAUUCAUAUUAAGAAUAAUUAUCUUUUCGCAAGUUUUUCUGUGGUAGACUGAUUUUCAAAGUAAAUUGAGUUUUGUUAUCGUUUGGAUCCCUAGUUGAAACGAUGCCAAAUGAUCGAUUAUGAUAUAUUAUUGUUAUGAAAUGCAUAAUUAUUGAGUAAUUGAUAAAAUAAAUAAUAGCAUCAAUAAAUUACGCUGAAGAAAAUAAUUUCAAGUUUUAAAAAAGUUUAAACAAAUAUUACAUCAAAGUAUCACAUUGACAAAAGAUUGUAUUAAAAAUAUGUGAGGAUUAAAUGGAGAAACCGUUAUAUAUAGAAAUGGUAUUUUCCGAAAGAAAAAUCAAUAACUCACAGAAUAGCAUAUAAUAUUCAGAUAUUUUGUCAUCUUCCUCACAAUUUUGAAAAACUGCGGUGUCUGAGAGCGAUCUAAUAACUUUUAUUCGACUGAAGCGAUUAUUUAUUAUUUCGUAAGAUGUAGUCAAAUAUAUAUAUAGUUAUCGUGACACAUCAUAAACUAUAUCGACUGUUAAUCGCACUUAGAAAAAGCACUGAAAAGGCCAGCUAUUCCAACAAGAUUGUAAAAUAACUAAACGCAAUCGCCUCUCUCUAUUCGAUUAGACUUCAUAAUUAAUCAAACGAGGUCUAUUCUUGAGAAACUAUGAAAGACACGAGUAAUCGUGACAUAUUUUCUGUACAUACUUCGAGGAAAAGACUUAACCACGAAAAUCGAACCGUCUAAAAAGUGUUCGAAUUUGGGAACAAAAUCAAGAUAAUUGGCCCAUUAUCAAGUUUAAACGUGUCAAACUUGGAUUUUUCCGUUAUUAUUUAAGCGCGCAAUCCGGAUGAUAUAUCGCAAACGGAGACUGAAAACGAAAAAUAAUAUCUUCUCGGUCAAUAUUGAAAAUAAAAUUAAUUAUUUCAAUUAUCAGCUAUUUCAAUAAUCUUUAAUAUCUUGUGUAAAAUAAACUGAUGUAUGCACGAGAAAAAAGCAAGUUUUCUGUUUUAAAUUUUAUUUCCUAAUCUAUGCAACAGAUAUUAAUGUAAUAUUAUUCAUUAAUUGUGUAAAACAAAGAUGCAAUUUGAAUGAAAGUAAUCUUAAAACAAGAUUAAAAAUAUAUUGUUUCCUCUUAGUAAAAACAAACAAAAUAUUUUUCGUUUUUAGUCUUCAAUCACAAUAUUGAUGUGUAUAUGUUGUUUAUAUGUAUAUAUAUUAUAAUUAGUCUCUUGUUCGAUAUGUCUACACAUAUAUUUAAUUAGUCAAAGAGGAGUAAAAGGCAUGAAAUCUCAUGAAAAAUGAUUACUAAGAAUAUAUAAAACUUCACCGAAAUUUGAAUUCGAUGAAAUACGAAAUAUGGUAAUAGGCAAUAUAUAAUUUAGUUUCUCAAUUAUCCUAGUCUUGUACAGAAAUUUCGCGCAGAAAUUUCGAAAUUAGUUACAACAAUGAAAACCAUACGCGCGCGCGCGCGAUUAUGCGUGAAUAAUUAUCACACAAUUCACACGAUAACCGGAUAUUAUAAAUCAUGUUUUGUACAUCGCAAAAUAAUUUUCCGUUAAUCGCCAAGUAUCAUUGAUAUUAGAUUCUUGAUUAUAUAAAUUAUCGAAAUUACAUCAAAAUAUUUAAAAACUGCCAAUAUCAUAUUUUUCAUCAAACCAACAACAUUAAAUAACGAUCGUCAUGUAUAACAAAAACUACUGGAAAGCAAGGAUUGAAGUUGCUAUAAUUUCGGUGACUUAAUUUCAAUAUUAUAAAUAUAAGAAAAUGUAAUCAUGGCAUAAAAUUUUUUCGUACUUGUAGCAUCAAAUAUCAAAUUUUUCAAAAUGAUAAUUCGAUCCUUAUACAGACAAAAUAGACAAAUAAACAUGUACAUCA